AUGUGCAAUGGUCUCAGUUACGAUAGUGUUCAGAAGGCGAUUGAAGUGAAGGAAACAAUGGACAAAUUACAAGAAUUAAACUCAAAACACGAGGAAUUACCUCUUAUUAAAGGACUUCUAUAUUAUCAUGUGUCCUCUCCAAAUUGGUUUCUUAAACAGCUUCUCAAACGCCUUUGUGGAACAAAAUUAAAAGAACUAAUUAGUGGAGCUAGUUACAAAAAAUCGCUUGCUAGUCUUCAGAAGUACACAAAGGACACUAUGGAGUGGAAUUUCGCUAUGGCCAAGUUUGUAGGUGCAGAAGGAUGA